AUGAGAAGAUACAACAUCAAGGUUCUCGGACUAUGUGAGACUCGAUGGAAUGGAAGCGGCCAGACCAAACUGUCUUCAGGUGAAACCAUCAUUUACUCUGGACAUGAAGACGUGGACCACGACCACACCCAAGGAGUCGCGCUACUGCUAGCGUCAGAGGCUACAAGGGCAUUGAUGACAUGGGAACCCGUCUCAGCAAGACUUAUGUCAGCAAGAUUUAACUCCAAGGGCAGGAAGAUAACCAUCAUCCAAUGCUAUGCACCAACCAACGCGGCAGAUGAAGAAGAAAAAGAAGACUUUUACAGUUCCUUGCAGUCCCUUUUCGACCGGACUCCAAGAAGAGACAUGAAGAUCGUGAUGGGCAACUUAAAUGCUAAGGUGGGAGACGACAACACAGACAGAGAACUCAUCAUGGGCAGACAUGGCAUAGGCACCUGCAAUGAGAACGGAGAGCUGUUUAUAGACUGCUGUUUUUUCAACGACCUAGUCAUAGGUGGCACCAUCUAUCCUCACAGGAAUAUUUACAAGACCACUUGGACAUCACCAAAUGGGAAGACGGACAACCAGAUUGACCACUUCACCAUUGACCGCAAGUGUAGACAAAGUCUGCUGGAUGUCAGAGCAGGGCGUGGCGCCGACGCAGCGUCAGACCAUCAGUUGCUUGUGGCAACACUGAAGACGAAGCUGAGAUCCUCCUGUGACUCUUCAGGCAGACCACACCAUAAAUUUAACAUUCAGUUUUUGAAAGAUGGCAAGAAAAAGAAGAGUUCAACUGUGAAGUCAGAAACAGUUUUGAGGCGCUGA